CGAGCUUCGAGAUUCUUUCAACGGCACCAUCCUCGCUCUCUUCUUUAUAUAUCUGUCUGCAUGUGUCUUGAGCCGUUGGGUCACUUACGUCGUCUGCCGCUCGAUUCCUGCAUGCACCUCGUUGUCGUGGUGAGACCACGUCUCUGGAAGCUCGUCCGCUGCUAGUUACCAGUCUGCUCAGUUCAUCCCACGCCCGCAACAUGGCGCAGUAUUUCUUUGAUCUGCUCUACAACUUCACGGAUUGUCUCUGUUGCUUUCCGAGCUCUCCGCAGCUCAAAAUCAACAACCGCAGUUUCAAGCUGCUACGCCUGCUAGGUGAGGGCGGUUUCUCCUACGUCUACCUCGUCCAGGAUAAGUCGACCUCCGAGCUCUUCGCGCUGAAGAAGAUCCGAUGUCCGUUUGGUCAGGAAUCCGUUUCGCAGGCCUUGAAGGAAGUGGAAGCCUAUAAGCUCUUCUCAUCGCAGCCAAACAUCAUCCACUCCAUAGACCAUUGUGUGAGCUCGGAACCGGGUUCGAAAUUUCGUUCUGAUGGAGGCGAUGCGGGUUCGAAGACGGUCUACAUCUUACUACCGUACUAUCAACGCGGAAAUCUCCAGGACGCGAUCAACGCCAAUCUAGUCAACCACACCAAGUUCCCGGAGAAGCGGUUGAUGGUCUUGAUGCUCGGAGUUGCAAAGGCGUUGAAAUCGAUGCACCAGUACCGUGUCGCACGUGGUGCUCCUACUACGCACGCCGCACAGGCUGUCAAGAGAGAGGGAGAGGAGGCGGAUGAAGACCUGGCGAGACAGGCGGGGAAACCGAAAAGGCGAACAAGCCACCGGAUGGGCGAGGAGCCAGAGAAUGAGCCAUUGAUUGACGAUGAGGUCACACAGAGUCAGGAGGGUGUCCAGGAUGGCGGUCUCCGUCCAUACGCUCACAGAGACAUCAAGCCAGGGAACAUUAUGAUCGACGAUGAUGGUCAAACCCCCAUUCUCAUGGACCUUGGCUCGCUGGCCCCGAGCCCCAUCGCUAUCACCUCGCGUUCGCUCGCCUUAGCGGUGCAAGAUACUGCUGCUGAACACAGCACGAUGCCCUACCGAGCACCCGAAUUGUUCGAUGUGAAAACAGGAUCUAUAAUUGAUACCAAGGUUGACAUUUGGUCGUUUGGGUGUUCAUUAUACGCCUGCCUGGUCGGAAAGAGCCCGUUUGAGGCGCGUAGCGAGGAAACUGGGGGCAGUUUAAGCAUGUGCAUUCUCGGUGGGGAUUGGCGGUUCCCAGACGAAAAAUCUGGUGCAGCAAAGGGGAAAGGCAAGGCUGCGGGUCAGCCAGCUGCCAAAGAUACAGGCUCUUCGAUUGGCGAGCCCGUCAAGGAUAUAGUCCGGAAAUGCCUCCAGGUUGAACCGGCAGAGCGGCCUGACAUUGACGAGCUCAUACAACUCAUCAAGGAUGCGAUUCGUACCCUUCCAGAUGACGAUGCUAUUCCUAGUUCAUCAGCAUGAGAGGCUCUAAUCUGGAUUCUUCUCGCGCCUUUUUAUGUUUUAUUCACCUCGUUGCCGGUUCCCGACUUUGAAUGGCUGUCGGACUUUGCUCGACAGGGAUUGCACAGGUACACAUUUUCGAUGGUAUAGCCUUCUGGCGCACGCUUGAUCUGUUGGAUUGCAUUGAUUGCAAGGUUUACGAGAUUGUACAUUAUUUUUGACUGGGCAAAGCAAUUCAUUACCUUUUCCACACUUUGCCUUCUUUGGUGACUCGAUACAGCAACCUUGAACAAAUACCAUUACCCUGUCAAUAACGGCUGGCGCAGGAUUUUUUUCCAAUGUCCAGUCUUCUACUGACAGCCAGUAAAUAAAAUGUACUAGAUCUGAUAAAGUGAACCAGG